AAAACCUUUUGCAGAUGGGUUACUUCAGCUCUCAUAUACCUUCAUUUUGUUCAAAUGUACUGCAAGGAUGACAUCUUUUAAAAGGCCCUUAACAAGGUUACUUCAGCCGCUGUAAAAGAAGUAAGACACAGGUGGGGCAUCUUUCCAGAACAAACAUUUUCUCCAGGCUAAAGAGAGGAGGCAGCAGGGAUGGGAGCCUCACAGCUCAAUACACCCAUGGCCGGCAAUCUAAACUAAUGUACCGCAAUCUCAAGCAAACCAAUUGGGCACCUGGAGACUCUGUGUGCCUGCACAAACACUCACCGAUCUAAGACCAACACCUAGAGACGCUCUGGUAAAAUAGACUCCAUCUCCCUUGUGUAAACAGCAAAACAGAGGCAAAGUGUACCCACAUGACAAGCAAUCACAGCUAAAGCACCACCAUAAUCAGUGGCUUCCAUCUCAAAACAGAGCGUCUUUCAAAAGGAAGCUGCCGUUGCCAUGAUAAGGCUGGACUGCAGAGUGACCUGAUGCCAGCGUGCACAGUAUAGUAUUACCCUGACUCCCACUGGUGCCUCCAGAAAUUUGACCUCAGCUGGAGGACAAGUAGAGUGUUUUCACAUUAUAAGACUACCUGCAUCCUGGACAAAUAUUCGUGACCCAGAGCAUCCAUCAGAUCUCCAUGUACAAACAAAUAAAGAUAUCGAUGACAAGGAAGAUCUUAAGAAAGACAAUUUACUCAUGACUUCUGAAAGUUUCUGGAAGCAAACCCUUUAAAGUUAGUUUGAAAAAAGACAAUACAUGUGCCUGGUUGGUUGUAGUCUUCUCAUUCAGCAACUUUGUAUCUAAACAUAACACCCUUUUUCGUUGAUUAUGAACGCUACCACAGCAUCAACAACAGCCCUGAUGGUGAACCAGUCAGAUUGCCCCGAGGUGGAGGUCCCAGUCCCUCUCUUUUUCACCAUCGGAGUGGUGGGUCUGGCAGAGAACUUCCUGGUUGUGGUGGCUGUCAUAUGCAACAGGAAUCUUCACUCCCCCAUGUACUGCUUCAUCUGCAGUCUGGCAGCCUUCAACACCAUCGCCAGCCUCGCCAAAACCUGGGAGAACCUGAUGCUUGUGUUUGCUGGCGUGGGACAACUGGACCAGAGAGGAUCCUCCGAGACGAAGCUGGACGAUGUGAUGGACUCGCUCCUGUGCAUGUCAUUCGUGGGGUCCAUUUUCAGUUUCAUGGCCAUCGCCGUGGACCGUUACAUCACCAUCUUCCACGCGCUACGCUACCACAACAUCAUGACAAUGCGGCGCACAGCAGCCAUCUUGGGUGUCAUCUGGACAACGUGCGGGGUUUUAGCCAUGCUCAUGGUGAGGUUCUUCGACACCAUCUUCAUCAUGACUUGCUUCAUCAUCUUCUUCCUCAUCUCCUUGGUGCUGAUCGGCUGUCUCUACGUCUAUAUGUUCAUGCUGGCGCGCAUCCAUGCUAGGAGGAUCGCUGCUCUGCCCACGAGUGGGAGUGGCAGGGGGAGGUGGCGGCGUCAGCGGUGGCGGGGUGGCACCAUGAGAGGAGCCUUGACUCUCACCAUCCUCUUUGGUGCAUUUGUGGUGUGCUGGGCGCCGUUCUUCCUCCACCUCAUCAUCAUCAUGGUCUGCCCCUUGAACCCUUACUGCGAGUGCUACAGAUCGCUGUUUCAGCUGCAUGUGGUGCUGCUGAUGAGCCACGCCCUCAUCGACCCGGCGAUCUAUGCCUUCCGCAGUGCCGAGCUCAGACACACCUUCAGGAAGAUGCUCCUGUGUUCAGACUGGAGGUAGUGUGAUUAGGUUCAAACUGUGUUUUUAAUGGUGAUAUUUUAUUUUAGAUUCGAUUAAUUCAUUAAUCUCCCAUGGUGGAAAGUGAAAUAGCUAUUGUGCACAAACACAGAAAACAGUAAUACAAAUGACAACACAACAGAUAAAUGGCUGGCAGACACAUGCCCAUGUGAUAGGCGAUAUGAUUAUCUGCAACAAGUAAAAGAGUGCAAGACACGAAUAUCCCAUCUUGACAUUCCUUCAUUAAAAACACAAACAGCUGCAUGCACAAAAGAUUUCCCAAAGUGCUCUGAGGAACAUCUGGGACAACCAGCUGGCCGCUGAAGCCGUAAACUUCAGAGGUCAGUAAAAGUGCUGGGAAAGUCGACUGAGCAACUCUUGCUCUUUCCCAGCAUGCUUCACGUCCACAUGGCAGAGCUGCCCGGCGUAACUACAGAGUACUGCUGGCCACUGAGCAGCUCCACAGGAGGAGUUGGGAUUUUCAAGUGCUUUGUCCAUAUGCAUCUCGAUUAGUGGAUCUUAAGGAGAGAAGAAGAGACUGUAACUUUCCUUUCUCACAUUUUCCCAGCUGGUGAAGGGAUUUGAACUGGAAACUUUCCAGUAACAUGUCCACUACUCUAUCAUUUAGGCUACACAAAAAUAUGAAUGUGGUUUUCAUCAUUUUGCGUGUACUUACUUACAUACUUGUGUGUGUACGUGCUUUCGUAUGUGCAUGCUUUACAGUUUGUAUACAUCUCUUUGUGUGUAUUUGUGUGUGUGUGUGUGUGUGUGUGUGUCUUCUGUCUGCCUUGCUAGCUUCCUAACCAUCCAUCCCUCCUCCAUCAUCCCAUGCCAUCUGCACCAAUCUGCGCCCCUCACAGGACUUAGAUGCAAUCUAAUUCUGAGUCAAAUCCAUUGCUCCAAGUGUCAAUCUCUUGAAAUCCUGCUUGAAAUUUCCCAUCUGCACCAAGGCAUGGGUCGUAUAUUUUUCAGAAUAGAUUUCACUCAAGAGAUGGUAUUUUCACACAGAUCAGAAUAUCAUUUUUUCCAUCACCUCUAGGGCCACAGUGUAUAGCAUUUAUUGUCACGGAUCUAUCAGAUUAUAAAAAUGAAAUGAAAUGUAUAUUACCAUAUAGGUAUGAGAUCACUAUUUAACCUUUUGCUUUUAUUUAUACACACAUAUAACUAAAACAAUUCACUUUUAGCAACAUGACAAACAUAGACGUCAAUCAUUUCAACUGAAGCUCACAGUUAUAUUUGAGCAUACCACCACUUACAAGUCAUUACAAGUAUUACAAGGAACCCCAAGGCGGUACAUGUUCUAUUGCUGCACAUAGACUGAACAUGCAAUUAUUCAGGAUGUGAUCUUGCGUUCUGUCAAACGUCACAUCACAUUAAAUGUUUUCGCUGGCAUUCCUGUGGGAAUACUGAAUAAUUGAACACUUGACAAUCCACAUUAACUAUUAAUCAUCUUCUCCAAUUAAUAUGCAGAAAUAUGAAAAUCACAUUAGAAAUGAAUUUGCGAUGAUGAAUGAUCACGAUGGAGCACCUCACCCUUCAUCUUUGUUAAAUAAACCUAUAUGGAUAAGGUGGAAAAAAAACUGUCUCUAAUAAACUGUC